AUGUCGGAAGUUUGCCCCCUUCUGACCAACGCCAAUUGCACCGUGGAAACCUGUCCCCUCAGCUGCGCUCAAGUUGAAUACCUUCCGACUCUUGCCGGUAAUGCAGUCUACGCGGCGGCUUUUGGGCUGCUCCUGAUCGCUCAGAUCGGUCUCGGUAUCCGGUAUAAGACAUGGGGAUUCAUGGUUGGCAUGGUCUGUGGUCUCGUCCUCGAGGUCGUCGGAUACGCCGGUAGAAUCAUGCUGCAUAACAACCCAUUCGACUUCAAUAACUUCAUCAUCUACCUCGUCCCUCUUACCAUCGCACCCGCCUUCCUUGCCGGCGCCCUCUACCUCUGCCUCUCCCGUAUCAUCAUCGUCCACGGCCAGCACAUCUCUCGCUUCAGCCCACGCACCUACGCAAUAACCUUCAUGACAAGCGACUUCAUCUCCCUCGUACUUCAGGGCGCCGGUGGUGGCAUCGCAGCUACUGCAGACACACACUCUGGCAGCGAGACAGGCAGAGCGAUGAUGGUCGCAGGUGUCGUGUUCCAAGUCGUAUCCCUGCUCGUCUUCAUGCUCUUGUGGUUGGAGUUUGUCUUCCGCCUCCGCAAGACGACCGAGGGCAACAAGGGUGGAUCACGCUUCGCUGAGCUCAGGCCGACGAAGAAGUUCUUCUUGUUUCAGUGGGCGCUCGGCGCGGCUGUUCUGCUGGUCUUCAUCCGCUCGGUCUAUCGUGUUGCGGAGUUGCAGCAGGGCUUUAAUGGGCCUAUUGCCAAUGACGAAGUGUCUUUCAUGAUUUUGGAGGGACCGAUGAUAUUCCUGGCGAUUCUCGCGGUAACGGUAUUCCAUCCCGGUAUCGGAUUUGAUGGUCAGUGGAGCAGCGCGGCUUGGUCUGAAGGCUGCCUUCGAAAUGAGCAGCUCAUCUAUGGAGGAGAUUCAAGGAAACCAUGCUUGAGAUCGACUAGAUAA